AUGAGUGACCAAGAGGCAAUUUUCCGUUCUGCGGAAAUGUCUCUUAUUCAGGUAUACCUUGCCACCGAGCUUUCCAGAAAUGUUGUGUCGGUGUUAGGUGAAAUGGGCAAUGUCCAAUUUCGUGAUCUUAACAAGGAUAUCAACAGUUUCCAGCGUUCAUAUGUUAAGGAGAUUAGAAAGCUAGAUAAUGUGGAAAGACAAUUAAGAUAUUUGAAAGGAAUAAUGGCGAAGCAGGAGACCCCGGUGCGCAUAGUGCAUUAUGAAGAAAGCGAUACCAUUAAGAAUAUUGCACCAUCAGCAUCACAGAUCGACGAGAUUGUGGACACUGUUGGUAGAUAUGAGGAAAAAAUUACUGAUCUUGACUCCUCGUACGACAAGUUGAAGAAAAAACAGAUCGAUUUAGUGGAAAAUAGAUUUGUGGUUUUACAAGGGAGUGCAUUUUUCAGCAAGAAUAAUGACACCCGUCAAACAGCGCAACAAAGAUUAUCAGUUGAUGAGGAUGAUGCCCCACUUUUAUUCGAACAAGAAAGUAUGGAAUCAGGGUUUGAAAUAUCACCGACAGACGAACAACACAAUAUGUCUGCUUUGUUAUCAUUAGACAUCGAUUUUAUUGUGGCCACCAUUCCUAGAGAUAGAGUCGAGCCUGCAGAAAAGAUAUUAUGGAGAGUUCUUAGAGGAAACUUGUUUAUGAACACUUCUCAAAUAUCUAAGCCACUUUAUGACGAGAGAGCAGGGAAAGAUAUUUAUAAAGAUGUGGUUAUUAUAUAUACUCACGGUAGAGCGCUUUUGAAUAAGUGUAAAAGAGUUGUCGAGGCGCUAGACGGGAAGAUUUUCCAAAUAGAUACCAAUCCUGAUUUAAUAGAAGAGAACUUGAACAGUAUAAACUCUCAGUUGGAUGAUGUCAAUACCGUUUUGAACCAAACAAUGUCAACAUUGACGGUGGAAUUGAACUUGCUAGCAGAAACCUUAGAGCAAUGGGGUGUGACCAUCAAAAAGGAAAAGGCGAUUUAUGUCACCCUUAAUAUGUUUGAUUUCGAUCACUCCAGAAGAUCAUUAAUCGCUGAAGGCUGGGUUCCAACUGAUGAUAUCCAAUUAGUAAGAAAUGCCAUGCGGGAGAUCACAGAAACCGCUGCCACAAAUAGUUCAACAACAACGAUUGUGGUGAACGUUCUUGAAACUAAUAAAACGCCCCCAACUUUUUACAGGACAAACAAAUUCACCUCUGCUUUCCAAGCCCUUGUUGAUGCUUAUGGUAUAUCUAGUUACCGUGAAGUGAAUCCUGCAUUGGCCACAAUUAUCACCUUUCCAUUUAUGUUUGCUCUUAUGUUUGGGGAUAUUGGACAUGGUUUCAUUGUUGCUCUCAUAGCAUUCUUCUUGAUCAUCAAUGAAAAAUCGUUAGAAAAAGCAGUUAAUGAUGAUCUCUCAGAAAUGGUAUACGGGGGUAGAUACUUGAUUUUCUUGAUGGGAUUAUUCUCGAUAUAUACCGGGCUCUGUUAUAAUGAUAUUUUCUCGUUAUCAUUGACGCUUUUCAAGAGUGGUUGGGAAUGGCCAAGUGAUUUUAAAGCUGGUGAUCUUAUUGAAGCCAAGCAAGUUGGUACCUAUUUCUUUGGUCUUGAUUCCAGUUGGCAUGGUACCGACAAUGGAUUAAUUUUCAUGAAUUCAUACAAGAUGAAAUUGUCGAUUAUCAUGGGUUUUAUUCACAUGACAUAUUCACUUUUUUUCUCCCUUGUUAAUUAUCGAUACUUCAAAUCUCCUGUCGAUAUCAUUGGUAAUUUCGUUCCAAGUUUUUUGUUUAUGCAAAGUAUUUUUGGUUAUUUGACCUUAAUGAUCGUCUACAAAUGGUGUGUUGAUUGGAUCAAGAUUGAAAAACCAGCCCCGGGGUUAUUGAAUAUGCUUAUUAACAUGUUUUUAUCUCCUGGGACUAUUGAUGAGCAAUUGUAUCCUGGCCAAGCGUUUGUUCAACUGAUAUUGCUACUCAUUGCAUUAGUUUGUGUUCCUUGGUUAUUGCUUUACAAGCCUUUGGUACUUAGACAUAAAAACAAUAAGGCAGUCAGUGAGGGUUAUAAAGAUUUGUACUCUCAAGAAAAUCAUAACUCUGUGUUAUUACUCGAAGAUAAUGCCAGUGAAGAUGAUUUGAUUAUUACCGAUAUUAGCACCGAAAAUGAUAAUGAAGGUGGUGGACAUGGUCACGGAGACGGAGAAUUUGAUUUCGGAGAUAUUAUGAUCCAUCAAGUGAUCCACACUAUUGAAUUCUGUCUUAACUGUGUUUCUCAUACUGCUUCAUACUUGCGUCUUUGGGCCCUUUCAUUGGCCCAUGCACAAUUAUCCUCGGUUUUAUGGGGAAUGACCAUUUCGAAUGCUUUUGACGAUUCAAAGCCAUCACUUUUCACAGUUUUCAAAGCAUGGUUUUUAUUUGGUAUGUGGUUUGUCUUGACUGUUUGUAUUUUAGUUCUUAUGGAAGGUACAUCAGCCAUGUUACAUUCCUUAAGAUUGCAUUGGGUUGAAGCGAUGUCCAAGUUCUUUGAGGGAGAAGGGUAUGCAUAUGAGCCAUUUUCAUUCAAGGCUCUAUUAAAACAAAAUAAGGAAGACUGA